AUGCAUGCCAAUGAUGUUGGUUUUUAUGUAUUAUUUUGUGGGCGUUACAAACACGGACCCAUUCCCGCAGGGGCUGAUAUCCCCAAUAACCUAGGUCAUCAAAUUUUGGAAGAACUAGGGCAAGUAAGGAACAAUCGGCAGAAUGAGAGGACUCGACUCUUUUCUAAAUUUCGAAAACAGAGGCCCCCAAAGUUCGCAGAUGUGCCGGACCCAAAGGUAGUUGAAAAUUGGCUUCGGCAAAUAGGGAAAAUGCUAGGCACCAUGGGCAUAACCGAGGCCACUAAUAGAAUAGCUUUGGCAGUAUUCGAGCUUGAUGAUGAGGCUGACCACUGGUGGGAGUUAAUCAAGAAUACUCGUGAUGUAGCGAGCCUAUUAUGGAACCAGUUCAGGGAGCUAUUACCAAAUACAUAUUUCCCAAAUAUGGUCCACCGAGAACGAGUCAAGGAAUUCCAAAACCUGGAACAAGGAAAUAUGACCGUGACCCAGUAUGCUGUAAAAUUUGAAGAGUUAGCCUGUUACGCAACUAGAUACGUAGCGAAUGAUGGAGAGAAAGCAAGGAUGUUCGAGUGGGGGUUGGACCUUACAAUCAGGGGAAAAGUUCUUUCGCAACGACUCCACUCAUAUGCCGAGGUGUUGGAAACGACAUUAAAGUCUGAAAGGGAAGUAACCGACGCUAGAAAGGCUUGA